GCCUAUUAUAAAGUGAAGUAUGUUGUUGGUUCUUCCAGUGGCUUUUUCCGUCAAGAUGGAGUUAAUGUCAAGGUCCUGUGAUCAGAGGAUGGAAUUCUGCGAAGCCAUGGCCCAGUGGUACCGCAACUAUGAGGCGGCGAUGAAGGCUAGCCAGCAGAAAGGGCUGAGGAACAAAGGGAGGAGCCAGGGCUGCCCCAAGCUUCCCCUGGACCGCUCCUCUGCUCAUUGGCUACUGCACCGGCUGGAUUGCGCCUCGCCCCCACCUGAAGCACAGUCCUGGUUCAGUCGGGUUCAUGUUGACCAAGCAGAAUUCAAGCACCACGUGGGACAAACUUUGCUGAUGGUGACUGACGCCUCCGGGCUACCCCUGGGCUUCGACAUUAUCGCUGCGGGCAGGGCCAACCCUAAGGGCAGGGCCACUGUCAAGGGGGCCAAUCAGAAAGCAAAGGAUGAUGGUGAGGGCAAGAUGGCAGAGAGAAUCCUGGGAUUGCUGCGACACUGCAUGGAGGCUCCAAUGAGCGGAGGAUCACCACGGCGACCGCAAAUUCUUAGAGUCCUCGACAGGAAGCUGCACAAGUUACUGCGCGGGAGCGUCGACGCCGUGUCGGCCCUGCGGCUGACGCUGACGUCCCACGCCGCCGACGACUGGGGGGCCGCGGGGCCCGACCCGGAGUCGGGCGACCGGGCCGGCGCGCCGUUCGCCCUGCGCUGGCCCGUCAUGCGGCACUGCCACGUGUGUAAGAGAUACUCCUUCUGCUGCCAACUGAGACCGUGCCCCCAGUGCAACGCUGUGCUGUACUGCUCCGACCGGUGCGCUGAGAUCGACCAGUCGCGCUGCCCGGAGGACUCCAGCCACAAGUACUGGUGUAAGAGCCUGGCUCAGUACCUGAGGCAUGGGGCGGAGCUGGCUAACCUGCCAUUCUCCUAUGCUGCAGGUACAGCUACCGGCAUUGGCUGGCUGACCAACUCAAACCCUGCUAGACCAGCUCACGACUAG